GAAAACUGUGGACGCGGAGUAUUAAGGUGGCCUAUAACAUCCUCCACAAGCUGGGGAGCAAGCAGGAACCCAUGCUCAGACCUGGAGACCGGGUGAGUGAAGGAGGGAGGGGGGAGGGAGGAAUGGAUGGGGGUGGGGAGAGAUGAGGGAGGGAUGGAUUGUGGGAGGUUGGGAGGAAUGGAUGGAGGUGGGGAGGGAGGGAGUGAAUGGGUGUAGGAGGGAGGGGGGAAUGGGGAGGUAUGAAUGGAGGGCAGGGGUAAGAGAGAAGGAGAGAGUGGGUGAAGAGGCCUGUGUGUGAGCUCCAGCCCCUGUGUCUACAUUCAGAGAAGAGGGGCUUACAGAGCAUCAAGCAGCAUCAUGUCCACCCCAGGGUCCAAGAUAAGCACCAGCCACCAGGCUUAAUCUCCUGUGUUCAGGCUCAGGACACUGCCUGGUGUGUAUUACUGCAGUCAUUCUGGGUUAUGUUAUCCAACAUGAAUGUUAUUCCACGUGACGUACAGUAUCUGAGAGUUACUGUAUGCUCUCCCUUUAAAUCUUCACUAUCUUUACUACUGCUAUCUUUACUACUGCAAUCCUUUCUUCUCCAAUGAAAGUGAUUUACCACUUACAGUAUCCAUUUAAACAGCAUGUCGCCAGCUUUGAAUUAUGAGUAAGGAUUGUAAUGAAGAACCAUAAUGUUCCACUCUUUUUUUUCUGCUAUUUGAUAUACCGGUACUUGUGCAUUACUAAAAGGCAACCAUUACCUAUGGGUUGCUUCCCAAAUGGCACCCUAUUCUCUACAUAAUGCACGAAGUAGUGCACUAUAUAGGGAAUAGGGUGCCAUUUGAGACGCUAUCACUGACUCAAGUCUCCUCGGCAUCCAUCCUAUUUUGAGGAUGUUGCUUUGUUACUUUCAUCUAGGUUUAUUCCCCUUGGCUUGCUUGGUAGGAAAUUGAGUCAAUGGUUGUGUCCCAAGCGGCACCCCAUUUCCUUUAAAGUGCACUACUUUAGACCAGAGCCCUAUGGCCGUAUGCUCAAAAGUAGUGCACCAUAAAAGGAAUAGGAUGCCAUUUAUCACGUAACCAAGCUGGUGCUAUGCCAGUGUUUCCUCGUUAACUAGAGAGGAAUGGUUAAUUACUGUACAGAAAGUUUAUUCUCCCACCCCCUUCCUGUAAAGUAUAAAGUAGCGUUGAUUAUGCUUUUCAUAAAAAUAGUUUAUUGAAGCCCAUAAUAAGUCCCACUAGAGGUGCUUGGAGGUUUAGCAGAAUGGGAUGCGUCACAGCUGACACAGUAACAACACAGAAAUUGAGGAAAAACUGCAUUUUGCAGGGUGACAUUGAAAAGCUCUGAAAAAUGAUUUAACAGCACCCAUAAAUAAUUGACACUCCUUUUGCACAUAAGGCCAUGAGUUCCAGUCAAAAGUAGUGCACUAUAUAGGGAAUAGGGUGCCAUUUGAGACUCAGACAAUGUAGAGGACAUGUAGUAAGGUAAUGCUGUGUGCCAUCCAGGGAGGUGCACUCUGUUUCAGCCCCAGAUGCUGUCUAAUCAGAGCUACAGUAUAUUAUGGCUCUCUGUCCAACAUGGGAGCCAUUAACAGCACUUAGUGUUAAGUUUACUGUUAUCACACACACACACACACACACACAGACACACACACACUGUUAUCACUCCUGCUCCCAGGCCGGCAUGCAACCUGGUGCACAUCUGAUCCAACAUGCACUAGCACCAGAUAAGCUUUCCAAUGACGCCACCAUUGAUCAAGUUAAAGCACCAAGCACACACUCUAUCCACUGUCUCCAGACAUAGAACAUCUAUUGAAUAGGAUAUUUGUAUACAACACCUAGGAUAUUUUUAUUUAUUUAUAUUUAUUCAACCUUUAUUUUACCAGGCAGGUCAAUUAAGAACACAUUCUUAUUUACAAUGACAGCCUGGCUUCCUGGAUCUAGGAAGUUGUCCUUUUUUGUGUUGAGAAGCAUUGUGAUUCUGUGACGUGAUCUAUCCAUAAGUGAGCUGUUCUGCUCUGCUCUCCUCCUCCUCUGCUCCUCUCUGUUGGGGCCUGCUGGAGCUGAGAGAGCUGCACUAGGCAGAUGGAAGUGUCUAGGGGAUAUAGCAUUAGCUUUUAUCAGAGAGGGAGAGAAUUUCUUCUCACUUUUGUUUGUUUAUUUCAUUUGCUUUGGCAGUGUAAACAUAUGUUUCCCAUGCCAAUAAAGUCCCUUUGAAUUUGAGAAGGAGAGAGGGAGAGAGCAAGAGCCCAGAUACUCAGUGAGAGGUCACAAUCCCACUGUUCUGAUAAGGCUGCCUGCAUCGCUGCUGAAGAUCAAUCAGCCCCUUUGUAGACAAAGCCAGCGUCCCAAAUGACACCCUAUUCCCUUUAUAGUGCGCUACUUCUGACCAAGGCCCAUAGGGCUCUGGUCAAAAGUAGUGCACUAUGUAGGAAAUAAGGUGCCAUUUGGGACACACACCUCAUUUUGUGGCUCCAGUGUUGAGGAGAAAAGAGGCCCCCUGUGUGAACACGGUUUAGACAUCGCUGAUAAUCUGUCACUCAACAGACUGACUGACCCUGGGCUCAUGGGAUGAUAACGUUAGCAGCAUGCUUUAAUAUCUUACUUGGCAUGUAGUCAUGUUUUAGGAGAUUUUGAGUUUGGGCUGUAUUUGGGGCUUGUUGUCAUGACAACACUGACCUAAGACUUAGUCAUGCUCUCCUCAGUUUACAAUGAGCGAUGAGAUUUCAGACAUAUAGAUUUUCUGCUGCAUCUUAACCAAUGAUAAUCUAAGAUCUAUAAAUGUGCCUUCAGAGUGUAUGAAGUGUUUCCACGUUCUACUCAAAUUUCCUUUCAAGUCGGAAAACUUACCAUUUAUGUUGUUUUCAUAUCUUAGGAUGUCAUAUUUUGGAGAUUUUUGUCUAUAUUUGGGGCUGUCCGACAUCACAACACUGACCUAAACCAUUCUCUGUUCAAUUAUCAGAAUACGUUUACAGGAUAUCUAUUGGUAAUCAACCAUUUGUAUAAGGAUGGGUGAUUGCCCAUUACUAUUAUAUAAUUAUCACUUCACUCUGUCUGACCUUUAUGUGAUUCAUCUGUCCACAGGUGGCUCUGGUCUUUCCCAACAACGACCCGGCUGCCUUCAUGGUUGCCUUUUAUGGCUGCCUCCUGGCAGAAGUUGUCCCUGUGCCAAUCGAAGUGCCACUUACGAGAAAAGUAAGGACACACACACACACACACACACACACACACACACACACACACACUGGUGUACGUGUGUGUCCUCCUGGGUCAUCGAGGCCAGCAGAAUGAAAGGAAAGACAGGUGGAGUUCCCCUUUUUAGUACAUAAUGUGUGUCCCAAAUGGCUCCCUAUGAUGUAGUGCACUUCUUUCUACCAGGGUGAAAGUAGUGCACUAUAUAGAGAAUAGGGUGCCGUUUGGGACUCAGGAAUAACAGGAGGAAAAGUGAAGGAGAGGUGAAGCAAUGUUAGCGUUUGGCCCAAAGAGGUCGGGCAGUCAUAGGACUCAUUCUCUUCAUAAGUGUUGACAGUAGGCUGUCAACUGUCAUGUCGUCACAUAGAGAAAAGAGCAGAGGUACUGUAGCCUUGUAAACAUGCCCCUUUGCAGUCAGUGCUAUGUGUGUAGCUAUACUAUAUAUACAAAAGUAUGUGGACCUUCAAAUUAGUGGAUUUGGCUUUUUCAGCCACAUCCGUUGCUAACAGGUGUAUAAAAUCAAACACACAGCCAUGCAAUCUCCAUAGACAAUCAAACAUUGGCAGUAGAAUGGCCUUGCUGAAGAGCUCAGUGACUUUCAACGUGGCACAGUCAUAGGAUGCCACCUUUCCAACAAGUCAGUUUGUCAAAUUUCUGCCCUGCUAGAGCUGCCCCGGUCAACUGUAAGUGCUGUUAUUGUGAAGUGGAAACCUCUAGGAGAAACAAUGGCUCAGCCGCGAAGUGGUAGGUCACACAAGCUCACAGAACGGGGCCGCCGAGUGCUGAAGUGCAUAACGUGUAAAAAUCGUCUGUCCUCUGUUGCAACACUCACUACCAAGUUCCAAACGGUCUCUGGAAGCAACGUCAACACAAAAACCGUUGGCCGAGCAGCCACACACAAGCCUAAGAUCACCAUGCGCAAUGCCAAGCGUCGGCUGGAGUGGUGUAAAGCUUGCCGCCAGGAGAACGCUACCUGCCCAAAUGCAUAGUGCCAACUGUACAUUUUGGUGGAGGAGAAAUAAUGGUCUGGGGCUGUUUUUCAUGGUUCGGGCUAGGCCUCUUAGUUCCAGUGAAGGGAAAUCUUAACGCUACAGCAUACAAUUACAUUCUAGACCAGGGUUCUUCAAUUCCGGUCCUGGAGGGCCGAAACACUUCUGUUUUUUAUUUCUACCUGGUAGUUAAUUGCACUCACCUGGUGUCCCAGGUCUGAAUUAGCCCCUGAUUAGAAGGAGAGGAUGAAAAACAGAGGUGUUUCGGCCCUCCAGGACCGGAAUUGAAGAACCCUGUUCUAGACUAUUCUGUGCUUCCAACUUUGUGGCAACAGUUUGGGGAAGGCCCUUUCCUGUUUCAGCAUGACAAUGCCCCCGUGCACAAAGCGAGGUCCAUACAGAAAUGGUUUGUUGAGAUCGGUGUGGAAGAACUUGACUGGCCUGCACAGAGCCCUGACCUCAACCCCAUCGAACACCUUUGGGAUGAAUCGCCAACUGCGAGCCAGGCCUAAUCACCCAACAUCAGUGCCCGACCUCACUAAUGCUUUUGUGGCUGAAGUCACUGCAGCAAUGUUCCAACAUCUAGUGGAAUGCCUUCCCAGAAGAGUGGAGGCUGUUAUAGCAGCAAAGGGGGGACGAACUCCAUAUUAAUGCCCUUGAUUUUGGAAUGAGAUGUUCGAUGAACAGGUGUCCACAUACUGUUGGUAAUGUAGUGUAUCUUCUAAGGCAGGGAUGGGCAACUUUGAUGGGGGUGGGGGCCACAGAAAAAUCGGAACUCUUCAUGAUAGGCUACAGUUGCUCACGGGUCUGCAUACCCAUAUCCAAACCAAUCAAUGGGGGCACCCCGGCCGGUAAUUCGACCAUGAUAACAAGUUUAGAUAGCUGGCCACUAAAUGAACUUAGCAAUCUAAAAAUAUUUUGGUAACAUGGGCUACUUGACUAUCAGUGACUGACAUAAGAGAAAAACUGCAGCUGCACAACCAAAUUUCGAAAUUGCACCUUGUGUAUUCUACUAUUCUAACUCUCAACAGUAAGUUGAGACCCCAACUGAGUUCCCCAAAACAUUUAUGCUUUUGUUUUGUGUGUGUGUGUGGGGGGGGGAAUUGAUCCGAGGACCUUCAAAUGGGGGUUGGCGGGCCGCCAGUUGCCCAUCCCUGUUCUAAGGAGAUCAGUCCGGUCCUUUCUCUAGUGAAGUUAGUAGAGUUGUUCAUCAAAAAGAAAGGAGGACCAAGACACUCUUCAUAGAAUUAAUUAAAAUGCCUUUAUUUCAAUGUUCAAUGGAAACAACGUUUUAAAAACUCUAAUUUGAAGAGGGAGUGGUUACAGAAUUCAUUGGACAACACCUAGUAAGCAAUACUAUCCACAUUAAAAAGUGAAAUACUGUAGAUAUGUUAUCAAAAAUGCAUAUCAAGGCUAGAAGCAUCAGAAGCCCUAGAAAGGUAGUUCUAUUGAAUAUGACUGGGCAAAGUGUUAAGAAUAGGAGAGCCAUCUAUUUUAUAGAACACUAGAUCACAGCAAUCAUGGACCACAACAGUCUAAACAUAGCUGAGGGCAACAGAGCAAUAGUAGAGUUGGUGGUCAAAGUGGAGAAUAGCUGUAGCCUAGCAGUGUGUAGAACCAGAAGACUAAGGGGAUUUUUUUGCAAGUGAACAUGUCUGUCUUGUAAAAUAGAUUUUAUCCCAAUGAGAAUAAACCUAAUGUAAAUUAAGCUGAAAUAAAAAUACAAAAGAGGCUCCUAGAUGUAGGUGGUGUGUUCUUCUCUUAUGAGGCAGCUCACGUCCUAGUGCGACUCAGCCUGUCUGUGCUGCUUUGACCAGAUCUGGCUCUGUAGUUCAGUCAGAGGAUCGAAGCUUUUAAUCGUGGCCAUAGGGAGGUGGUCUGGGGGUCUGGGGGAGGUGGAGGACAUCCAGAGAGAUAGCAGUCAGUGGCCCAUUGAUGUGUGCUACGCUACAGGGCAAGAGCACAGAGUUUGUCCCAAAUGGCACCCUAUUCCCUCUAUAGCGCACUACUUUUGACCAUGGCCCAUAGGGUCAGUCAGACAGAGGAACAUGCCUCCUCAGGCAGUGAGGCUGGCGCUGAAGUCAUCCUGAUAACUGGAGGAUGAUCAACAGUGGAAAGUGAUUUGGGAGCGUUUGGUUCUCUGGAUGAGGGUGUAACUUGGCUUAUUAACACAGUUGUGUGACUAAAGUCCUGUCCAGGGGGUGUACUUGUAUGUCAAAGCUGGCUCACGCUACAGAAACAGGAGACAAGCUUGAGCCCUAUGGGCUAUUCUGGCUCGGAAAAGGCUUACUUUCCUUGCUUACAGUUGUCAUGGUGUAAUAUCUCUGGGGAGUGCUGUAGAGAAACCAGACGGCCAAUAUGGCUCUUCAGCAUCUGGAUCCAAUUGGCAUUAUUAAACAAGACUUUGUAGUUUCACUCUCUGUGGGGGAAACUCGCUGAUAUUGUACUUGUAUACUGUAGGAAUCACACUCAAGCGGGGACCAUUCAUCUGUUCCUCAAACCAUUUUAUUAUGUUAUGCUACAAUAGUAAUGGAAAAUGUGGCAAGCAAUUCAGUUCAUUGUGAAGGUCUCAUUCUUCUUGAUAUUACAGUAUGUAGGGAACGGAGAAAGCAGAGAUCUGAUAUUGGUGACAUAUUAGCUUGCAGCUCCAAUGGUUCGGCCUGGACAGUCAGGUUUGUGAGAAGACCUCUUCGAAAUUAGGACGUCCGCAACAGAGUUCAGACGAUUGACGUAAAGCUUGUCGUGCUCGUGAGUCUCUCAUCGUUCGAUGGUGGUGACUUUAGUUUGUAGCUCAAACGCUUCAGGUUUUACAGACGAUUUUGUGGCAAUUUUCUUGUCCGCAUCCUCUCAUGUGUAGAAAAAGACCGCUAUUACAAGCCACAUGUUAUGGAGUAGGCGCAAGCUUUAUAUUGACGGAAAGAGGGGAUUGAGCUGCAGCCACUACUAGAAACGGUAAGUCUCUAGCAUAAACACAAGGGGAGCUAUUCAGUAUUCAAAAUGACAUCACCGUGUGACGCUAGGGAGUGUUUUCCCCCUACCAGCACUCACACCUGCCUUUUUCCCAUCUUGCUUUACUCACACACAUUCACACAUCCCUCUUCUUUCUUUCUGCUCUUUCUCUCCCUCUGCUUUCUCUCUGCUGUCUCUUUCCAUCUCCUUGUCUGUCCCAGUUCAAUUUGCUAUUUCGCUGACUCAGGUUCAGCUGAUGCAGCCAGUGAGGAAGAGAGGCAGGCAGGCAGGCAGGCAGGCAGUCAGGAAGAGAGGCAGGCAGGCAGGAAGAGAGGCAGGCAGGCAGCCAUUCAGGAAGAGAGGCAGGCAGGCAGGAAGAGAGGCAGGCAGGCAGGUAGCCAGUCAGGAAGAGAGGCAGGCAGGCAGGAAGAGAGGCAGGCAGGCAGCCAUUCAGGAAGAGAGGCAGGCAGGCAGGAAGAGAGGCAGGCAGGCAGGUAGCCAGUCAGGAAGAGAGGCAGGCAGGCAGGAAGAGAGGCAGGCAGGAAGACAGGCAGGGCUGUGGGCCCAGUUUAUCAGAGAGACGGGGGCUGAGACAGAGAGAGCAGCUGUGAUGGAGAGAGACUGAGACAGAGUGGCUGUAUACUGUAUUGUAGGAAAAGGAAACCCCCUAGCCACAGAGCAGAACAGGCAGUGAUGUCAGAGCUGCAGGGCCUCCUUCUAUUAGUGUUACUAUCUACUCCAUAUGAGCCUGUGUGGGUUUAUUCCUCUACCCACACACUGUCUGAGAGCGAGAGCAGGCGACACAUGACCACGCAGUGUGUGAACAGUGGGAUAAUAUCACUGUGUUUUUCUAACCUAAAUAUGCACUCUUGAUAGUCGUAAAACACCAGAGCAAAGACUGGGGGUUUCACAGUAUCCCUUACAUGUUGAUAUAUGAUGUUUGUACAGUACUGUAUUUUGCAUUAUGAUAAUUGAUUGGAUUUAUGAAAACUCUGACUAUAAACACGUGCUCAAUGUACAAUAUGAAAAAUUAUCUCUUCUUUCUGUCCCUCUCUCUCUCUCUCUUUUUCUCUCGCUCUCGCUUUCUCUCCCUCUCUCCUUGUCUCUCUUCCCUCUCCAGGAUGCAGGGAGCCAGCAGAUAGGCUUUCUGCUGGGGAGCUGUGGGGUGACGGUUGCCUUGACGAGCGACGCCUGCCAUAAAGGCCUUCCUAAGAGUCCCACGGGGGAAAUUCCACAGUUCAAAGGUCAGUGACAGUGUCAAUGUGUGUAGCAAAUCACCGUAUGAUGUGCUCCUGUCAUAUGCUGUCAUAUGUGAGAUGGUCAGAUGGUUUUCAUGAGAUGCUACACCCAUAAAAAUAGAAUUCCAAUAUGGAAUUAUAUUUAUAUGGCUACAGCAGAAUGAGGUUCUGUAGUACCAGCAUGGAUUGAAAUUAAACACUGAUAUCAAACAGGUUUUUAGUUUCACCCGGGCUUCAGUGAUUUUAUUGCUCCCCUCCGAAACAAAUGGAGAGACUUAUUGGAAUGGAAGGAAAGGCAGGGAGGCAGCAGAGUAAUGGGAUUGAAUAGGAUGGGAGGUUUGCUGUAGUAGACAGCAGAUCCUGACAUAGUGCAUAUAGAAUGUCCCACUGCGUAGAGAACAGAGCAGUCAGACAGGGAAAGUGAGAGAGAUGGAUGAGGAGAGGAGGGAGAGAGAGAGGGAGAGAUAAAAAGAGAGGGGGACACAGGGGGAGUAAGAGAGUGAGAACAAGAGGGAACAGAGAGAGAGGAAUAUAGGGUAGUGAGUGAGAUGAGAAGGAAGGAUAGAGGGAGGAGGGCGAGAGGGCUCAGUGUGAUUAAUGCCUUGUGCCUUGUCUUCAGUAAUGGCUGUAUAAAUAGCAAAAUGAUGCCAGACAGCGGAUUUAAAGCUAUUCUUUUAGCAUAGAUUGAGAACCUGAGUCAGGGCUGAGUAGAGGGCUGGCUGUGGAAACCCCAUAUACAGUACUGGGGCCAGACCCAGGUUGCAUCCCAAAUGGCACCCUAUGGGCCCUGGUCAAAAGUAGUGCCCCCUGUAGGGAAUAGGGUGUCAUUUGGAACGCAGACCCAGCCUCAUUAGGGAUGAGUGGUCAUUGAUCGCGUCAGGGUAAUCACAUCACAUUAAAUGGCAGAUUCUGACUGGCUCUCUAAUGCCUUGACUUCCUUUAUGGUUGUCUUUACUUUUCUCUUGGUCCUAAUAAUUAUCUUUAAUUAUUCUGUCUCUCUUUCUAUCUCCAACCAGGCUGGCCAAAGCUGCUGUGGUUUGUGACUGAAUCCAAGCACUUAUCCAAACCUCCCAGAGACUGGUUCCCCCAUAUCAAGGACGCAAAUAACGAGACAGCCUAUAUCGAGGUAACCCACAGCUUUAUGUCUUUGAAUAAUGUAAAUGUACAGUGCAUUAGGAAAGUAUUCAGACCACUUGACUUUUUCCACAUUUUGUUACGUUUUUUUGUGCCUUUUACUCCCAUUGAUUUAGACUGUUAUUCUCCUGGGUCUGUUAAAUAAGUGUCUCACUCUUGACAGUCAGAGUGAUUGGAUAGACUGCAGUCUCCAUUGAUUUGAUGCAUCAUUCAUAAUGAAGAAAACAGGUGUUGCUGUUAUUGCUUUAACUAAAGCUACAGUAGAUCUCCCUCAGUUUCCUAAAAAUCCUAUUCAACAUUCAUUUCUGCUAUGCUAUGCUGUGUGCAAAGCUCUCAUAGGGAAAUCUAGACCAAUUGCAAAUGGCACUUGUUUGGUGUGAUAAUUUCAGGCCUUCUAAUUGCAGAUCAAUAUGCUUCAUGGGGUUUGAUUACAAUUGUCUUUCUGGUGAUUGGAUAUUCAUUUGCUGCUUCUGUAUGAGAGACCAAAUGUGUUUCCCAAAUGACACCCUAUUCCCUAUGUAGUGCACUACUUUUGAACAGGUUCCUAGUCAAACGUGGUGUACUAUAAAUGGAAUAGGGUGCUAUUUGGGAUGUGGCCCAAGACCAGUCAAUUCAGUAAUCUAAUGUGAUUUGUCUUAAUUUAGUUAGUCUUUUUUUUAUGCAGGAGGUAAUUCAACCAGAGGUGUAGAUAUUCUAUGCUCAUUGUGAAGUGAUUGAAAAGAUCAUAAUGAUAUAAGAGGGAAGAAAAUAAUUGGGAACAUCGUCAGAUCAGACGGCAGAGAUUGGUUGUGUCCCAAAUGGCAUCUUAUUCACUAUAUAGUGCACUACUUUUGACCAGGUUCAGUAAAAUAGGGUGCUGUGUGGGGACAGGUCCAUUUUGUUUGUUCCAGUCGAGACAGAAUCCAAAAUGGCGUUAGUAAAUAGUCACAAUUUUUUGUACUUUUGGCUCAUGCAAGGUACUUUCCUACACAGUCCCCACGUUUUUCUAGUACUCUCUUCAUUCAAACUGACAUUUACAAUAAAUAUUUACAGCAAUGGCUUAGAAGAAAUCACCUUGUCACAUCUGCAAAGGAAAAUAUCUCCAGAAAUAUUUUGCUCUAGUCCUAAUCUUUUAGACAAAUGGUUGUUUUCGUAGUCAUGCAUCGCUAACUAGACAUAUGGCUGAGCAGAUAUCUGGACAUGUUAUGCAUCACUCCUCUCAACGUAAUACUACCUUGAUAGUCUGUAAGAUAUAUAGAGCAUGAUAGAUUCUGUUUUAAUGACUUCGCCUAAUGACUGACUAACUUUUAAUAUUUUUGUUCCUUCUCCCUGUCUCUUAGUGCAGAUAAAAAUCAAUGGUGUAAUCCAUCUAAAUGUUGAGAGCUGUUCUCCCCAUUUAGUUUGGUUGAGAUGAAAUAUACCAUGAAUAAUGAAUGUGUGAUUCAUUCCUGAGUGUCGGUUACGUUCCAAAUGGCACCCUAUUCCCUAUAUAGUGCGCUACCUUUGACCAGGGCCCAUCAGCCCUCAGACAGAUAUGAGAAUGCUCUCUCUCUGUGCUCAGUCAGUGGAUGAUAGACAGUAGUCUGUAUAGUGUUUAUGUUGUGUCCCAUUGAUCCAGGCUAGCGCUGUGGUCGUUGAUCAGACUGACUGGAGAAGACUGGCCUAGACAGCAUCAAGGCUUUAUUUGAGGAAAUAUUGUCAUUGCCCUUCCUAGAUCUACUACUAUGUGUGUCUACUUUAGGACUGGGAUGGGUCUGAGAGACAGGACAUUACCGCACGAUUGUUACAGACAGAAUGAGUUUCGAAGCAUAAAAAUAGCACUUACUGUACACCUGGAGGUGUGUAAAAAGUAGUGAAAACAAAUGAAUAUGGACAUUAAAUGCAAAGUGGCAUUAUGGAUAUUCUCAGUACUAGUGACUGAUAAUUAAUCAGAUAUUUAACAGUAGUGUGUUUUUGUCAGCUUACAAGCAGUGUUUGAAAUGGACAGUGGUUUGUCUGUACAGUAAUAAGCAGGUGCCAUCUAACAACAUGAUUGUACAGUGGUGGAUAUAAUAAUGAUGGGCUGUGUUGCGGCUUUGUGAUUGUGACAGUAAUGUGAUACACAACAGCCUGACUCCUCCUCUCUCUCUGUCUCUCUCUCUUCCCUUUCUCCUCUUCUCGACAGUAUAAGACGUGUAAGGACGGCAGUGUGCUGGGAGUGACUGUGAUGAGGAUAGCUCUGCUGACUCACUGUCAGGCCCUCACCCAAUCAUGUGGAUACACAGAAGGUGGGUCUAUGCACCCCUCUCCUAAAAUACAUUCUACAGAAGUCAUAAUACUUAGACUCUUUAAAUAUAAUUUUUUCAAUUCUCCAUCCUACAGGAGAGAUAUCAUUUUUCAUUACAAUUGGGUUCUCUUUCUCUUAUCUUUCACUUGUCUGGGCAUUGUGCUUUUCACAGUCAUUGUUCUAAACCCCAUCUCUCCCAGUAAUCUUGUAUUGUGUACAUAUAAUCUAAUGUGUCAUGUUUCAUGGUUACUGUUUGAUGCCAGUGUUGUGGGAUUAAACUAUCUUGUUCUCUGUGUUAUGUCUCCUCUCCCUGUCUCUCUCUCUCUCCCUGUCUCUUCUGCAGCUGAGACCAUAGUGAAUGUAUUAGACUUUAAGAAGGACGUGGGGCUGUGGCAUGGCAUUCUC